CUGAUUGGUUUUCCGGUAGCCACGCCCACCAGCUGUUUCCCAUUGAGCCACUGGUUCCUCCGCAGCUCUCCACCAGUGGAACCUGGACCUCCUGCACUCCGGUACGAGCGUUUAGUCCGGAUCAUGUCUCAGACAGGAGGAACCUUUGGAGGGCAGGCGGACGCCUCCAUCAUCCGCAUAGAAGGAACCCCCCACCACUACAUCCACGUGUUGGACCAGAACACCAACAUCGAAGGAAGCGUGGAGAUAGAAGGACCGCUCACCUAGAAUCCGUAGAAGGACAACGAGAGAGUUUUGUUCCCCCCCGUUCGGAUGAUCAUGGUACCGCCGCGUCACUACUGCGUGGUCAUCAACCCCGUGGCCCGAGACGAUGACAAGCAGGUCCUCUUCGACCAAUCGGGUCAGGCCAAACUUCGCCACGCCGACCUGGAGAUCCGUCUGACCCAGGACCCGUUCCCCCUGUACCCGGGGGAGGAGGUCCAGCAGGCGGUGACUCCGCUGCAGAUCGUUUAUCCCGACACGGCGCUGCGUCUUCAGGCUCUGCUGGACUUUGAGGAGCGGGGCGAGAAGAGAGUCGCUGGAGACGAGUGGCUGUUUGAGGGACCGGGGACCUACAUCCCCAGGAAGGAGGUGGCCGUGUUGGAGACCAUCAAGGCCACGGUGAUCCGAGAGAACCAGGCCAUCAGACUGAGGGCCCGCAAGGAGGGGGUGGACCGAGAGGGGGUCCGCCGGGUCACAGGUGAGGAGUGGAUGGUCAGUAAGGUGGGAGCGUAUCUUCCAGGAGCUCAUGAAGAAGUCAUCGACAUCGUGAACGCUUUCAUCCUGACGGACAAGAAAGCGCUCCAUGUUCGCGCCCUGCGGUCCUUUAAGGACGCCGGCGGGCGGGACCGUCGUACGGGGGAGGAGUGGCUGGUGACCAUGGCGGACCGGGAGGCUCACAUCCCCUCGGUGGCGGAGGAGGUGGUGGGGGUGGUGGACGUGACCACGCUGAGCAGCCGGCAGUACUGUGUGAUCCUGGACCCGGUCGGAGCCGACGGGAAGCCUCAGCUGGGACAGAAGAGGGUGGUGAAGGGUGAGCGCUCAUUCUUCCUGCAGCCGGGCGAGCACCUUGAAAGUGGCAUUCAGGACGUGUACGUGCUGUCUGAGGAGGAGGGUCUGGUUCUGAGAGCUGUGGAGGCGUUCAAUGACACCGAGGAGCGUGAGGAGGAGGAAGAGGAGGAGGAGGAAGAGGAGCAGGAGAGGGCGAAGCGUUCACGGAGGAGCGGCGUCAUCCGUCGCCCCGGCGACCGCUGGAUGCUGCGAGGUCCCAUCGAGUACGUCCCCCCCGCCACAGUGGAGGUGAUGCUGAGACGACAGGCCACCCCAUUGGACGAGAACGAGGGCAUCUACGUCAGGGACAUCAAAACGGGAAAGGUGCGUGCCGUGAUCGGUCACACCUACAUGCUGACUCACGAUGAGGAGCUGUGGCAGAAGGAGCUUCCUCCCAACGUGGAGCUCCUGCUGGCUUCUAACCUGGACCCGCUGGCCGACCGCUCGGACCGGACCAGAACCGGACAGGGCCAGCCGAGGGACAAGACCCGGGUGGUCUCCUACCGGGUCCCCCACAACGCUGCCGUCCAGGUCUACGACUACAGAGAGAAGAAGGCCAGGGUGCUGUUCGGACCGGAGAUGGUGAUGUUGGGACCUGACGAGCAGUUCACCGUGCUGUCGCUGUCCGGAGACAAACCAAAGAGGGCCAACGUCAUCAAGGCCAUCUGCCUGCUGCUGGGGCCCGACUUCUUCACCGACGUCAUCACCAUCGAGACGGCCGACCACGCCCGGCUGCAGCUGCAGCUCUCCUACAACUGGCACUUUGAUGUGAAGACCCCGGCGAGCUCUGCUGAUGCAGCAGCUCUGUUUUCAGUUCCGGACUUUGUCGGAGAUUCCUGCAAAGCCAUCGCCUCCAGAGUCCGAGGAGCCGUCGCCUCCGUGCAGUUUGACGACUUCCACAAGAACUCAAACCGGAUCAUCUGCUCGGCGGUGUUUGGGUUCGAUGAGAAGAUGGCCGUUCGUCCCAACCUUCGCUUCAGCCAGAACAACCUGAUGAUCAGCAGCGUGGACAUCCAGUCCGUGGAGCCGGUGGACCAGAGGACACGGGACGCCCUGCAGAAGAGCGUCCAGCUGGCCAUCGAGAUCACCACCAACUCCCAGGAGGCCGCAGCACGGCACGAGGCUGAGCGUCUGGAGCAGGAGGCCCGGGGCAAGCUGGAGAGGCAGAGGAUCACCGACCAGGCCCAGAAUGAGAGAGCCAGGAAGGAGCUGCUGGAGCUGGAGGCCCUCAGUGCUGCGGUGGAGAGUACAGGAGCUGCCAAGGCUGAAGCUCAUCGUAUUCAGGGAGAGGCGGCCGUCAACGAGGCCAAACUGAAGGCCGAAGCUCAGACCAUCGAGGCCGACGCGGAGCUCCAGCGGCUGGCGAAGGCUCGAGAGCAGGAGCUGAGCUACAAGAGACAGAUGGACGAUCUGGAUGUGGACAAACAGAAGAGUCUGGCUCAAAUCGGGAGUCUGCGCUUCAGUAAACUGGUGGAGAGUCUGGGCAGCGACACGCUGAAGGAGAUAGCCAGAGCCGGGCCUGAGCUGCAGGUGAAGAUGCUUCAGGCUCUGGGUCUGAAGUCGACCCUCAUCACAGACGGGUCGUCACCCAUCAACCUCUUCACCACAGCCAACGGCCUGCUGGGGAUGCUGUCGGGUCAGGGAGAUCAGGGUCAGUGAGAGUGAGGAGGAAGAAGGAAGUAGACGAGGAAAUAGAUGUCCAAAAGUAAACCUCAACAGAUUCUCAUCUCUCUGACACUCAGACACUUUAGCGUUUCUGAUUGACCACUUUAAAAGUUCUCAUACGACAUUCAGAUCAUUAUUGUCGGCUAGAGCUGUUAGCACUGUUACUGUUUUCAGCACUGUUGGCACUGUUAGAUCUGUUAGCUCAGUUAGCAAUAUCGCUGUUGUUAGCACUGCUAGAUCUGUUACCAGUGUUGGAGGGAAUAGAAAUGCUCUGAAUAUCGUAUUUAGCAGCUUUAAAGCAAAACAAUGUGCCUUUUUCAUUUAAAGAUGAACUUCAUGGGUUCGUUAAAUCCCACGCGGUUCAUCUUAAUCUCCUUCCAUCAGAAAACAAAAUUUACACACAAACACAAACUUUACAAACCAAUACAUUUUCAAACACAGUUGUUCAUCUCUGUCUUUGAGGACAUAACUGAGACGGUACAUUCCAACCCGACAUCACUGCGAUCCGUCUGUUUUCUACCUUUUAAUCAGCCGUGAAUAUAGUUCCUGCUGAAGUAGUCACCUCGCUGUGAUGUGUGAUUACAGAUUAAACUAAUUUAAAACCAGAAAAAUGGUUAUUAAGAGGACUUUUGCACUUUGAGCUCUUUAAAAAAUGAGAAUCAGAGGUUUACUUUUGGACAUAAAACCAGCAUGAAGACACCUUAUUGUGAAACAUUUAAACAAACCUUUGCUGCAAGUGAAGAAGAAAUGUGCCUACAAACAAAUCUCCCGUUUGUUCAGUCGUAUAACCUGACAGCCAAAGGUUUCUGCUUUGCACUACAUCCUCUAGAAGAAGUGAGCGGUUGAUGCUGAUGUUUACUUAGUCGAUAUAUUAAACUCUGUGUUGGUCUGACUGUCCUUUACUGCCUCACAAAGUGCUGUAGUUUCUACAUAAAGAACAUUAAAAGCUGCUGUCGUC